AUGGUUCCAACAGAUCUAACAACACCUGAAGUGUCGAUGGCAGAAAAGAUGCUGUUUGGAGCUUUGGUCAAUGGUACAGAAAGGUGGACGGUGGCCCAUGCUGAGCUGUCACAGGGCCCCGGGGUUGUCAUGAAUACAAGCGCCCCACUGCCCAACCCCGCUAAGAUGGUCCAGACCAAUUACAGCGGCCCUGGCACCUGGCUUCCUCCUGGAAACUCUCGGAGCCGAGACCCCCCAGCCUCUGACCGAGCCAGGCCCCUCAUGGAUGCGGACCGGACCGGGCAGCCAUCCCAGUGCAGACAGCUGCCCAAGGCCAAGGGCUGA